UGCCACAGCCCGGCGAGGAGGGAGGCUGAGCUCGCAGUCGGCGCAGGAGGGUCCCCGGACCAUGGCCGGGCUGAGCUGCGCCCCGCUCGCCCUCCUCCUCCUCCUCCUCGUGCUGCUGCCGGUGCCCCGAGGCGGUGCCCAGCGCCCAGCCGGGCUGCGGAGGCAGCGGACCCGCUGGCAGGACCGCGGGCGGCUCGACAGCCUCCCCGGCUCCCAGCUCCCGGCGGCCGGCGGGGAUCCCCCGCGGCGUGACGUCAGGGGGGAACCCUCCGGGCAUGACGCCAGAAGGAACCCCCCUCCAGGGACCCCGGCGUCCCCGCGCGAUGCCCGUGGGCACGUGCCCGACGUCAGCCCGGAGGGAAUCCCCAGUGGCGCACGUGGCAGAGGGAGUCCCACGGGGGCCCGGGCCCGUGGCAGCCGCAGGGGCUCUGGGGCCAGGGGAGGGGAUGCUCAGCCCGGGACCCCUUCUAGCAGGGCCGCGCCAGCCCCGGGCGAGGAGGAGUGGGGGGCCUGGGACCCCGAGAGCAUGGCCGGGGACGACCCCCGCAACCCCUACAAGAGCUGGAACACCGUCUUGUACAACGUCUACUCCGGCGGCGGGCCUCGCCAGGACCCGGCCGCGGGCCACAGGCGGCCUGGCUAUGGGACCAGGUACUUUCAGAACGGCUUGCCUGACUUGAUCCCAGAUCCGUACUACAUUCAAGCCUCCACCUACAUUCAGCGCGUGCAGAUGUAUGCCUUGAGGUGUGCGGCUGAGGAGAACUGCCUGGCCAGAUCCGCCUACCGACCAGGUGUGACUGACAUCAGCUACAGGGUGCUGCUCCGCUUUCCACAAAGGGUCAAAAACCAGGGGACUGCUGACUUCCUCCCAGUGAAGCCGCGCCACGCCUGGGAGUGGCACAGCUGCCACCAGCAUUACCACAGCAUGGAUGCCUUCAGCAACUACGACCUCCUGGAUGCGGUGUCCCAGAGAAGGGUGGCGGAAGGGCACAAGGCCAGCUUCUGCCUGGAGGACACCACAUGCGACGCGGGCUUUCGGCGGCGCUAUGCCUGCACGGCCCACACCCAGGGCUUGGGGCCAGGCUGCUACGACACCUACAAUGCCAACAUCGACUGCCAGUGGAUUGACAUCACAGAUGUGCCCCCUGGCAACUACAUCCUCAAGGUGACCGUCAACCCCAACUUCCUGGUGGCCGAGUCGGAUUUUACCAACAACGUGGUGAGGUGCAGCCUCACGUACACGGGAACCUUUGUCACCGCACGGAACUGCCGCAUCACCAGAUUCUAGCCUGGGCCCCUCUGCAAGCGACAGGAGCACCAGACUCCACACCUGCUCCACAGGAUGCCUCUGCCACCACUUGGUUCCCCCUGACCGCAGCGCUUGCCCCAGGGGAUGCCCUGGGACCCUCUCUGCCGCGUUGCUUUUCCAUGUCUCUUACCUGGUGCCUGUGGGAAUCCAGGUAGAGCAGCUGCCCAGGGCUCAGCACGGCCCGAGCUGGAGAUCACAGCAUCCACCCCUGAACAAACUCGAAGCUGUCUAGUCCUUGCUGCACUGCUGCCAGCUCAGGCAUCGCAUUUCCUUGCCAGCAUCGCUCGCUCUGGGGUCUGCACGGGCUCAAACAAGGGAAGGCAUGGUACCUCGCACCUGGGUGGUAUCUCAUGCUCCCUGCUGCUCAGGAGCCAAGUUCUUCUCCGGCUCCAUCCCAGCUCAACGGGGCAUCCCAGCUGUGGGGCGGCUUGUACCCACCGCUUCCCCCUGCAAUGAUCCCCAAAUCCUGGUAGUCAGAGCUUCUUUAUCAGUCACUUCCCACAACCCAGAGAGGAACAGCCCCUGUCCAGCUGGGACCCCAGCUCGGGGGCGAGCGGUAGGGAUGAGGCCAGUCUGAGCAGGGAGACGGGGGAACGUGGCUCUCGGCCCUAGGGUGGGGAGGCUCCAGUGGCCGGCUCGGUUGUGGCAGUGGCAAAGCUGGGGGGACACGGGCAGGCUGGGAGCCUGCAGCAGGGAGAUGCUGCAACCUGUGUUCUUUGAUCCUCUGAAUAAAAUUCACAAUACUGGAA